GCGCCCCUUCGCCCCUCCGACCCUCUGAGCUUUCGGCGGCGGCGGCGCAGCACUCACGAUCUCAACCAGGCGCACUCUCCUCCUCCCCCUCGCCGUCGUCGUCGUCUCCGUUCCACCGCCGCUCCGCGCAACCAUGUCUUCGAAGAGGAAGACCAGGGAGCCCAAGGAGGAGAACGUCACCCUUGGACCGGCUGUCCGUGAGGGGGAGCAUGUCUUUGGCGUUGCUCACAUCUUUGCAUCCUUCAAUGACACCUUCAUUCAUGUCACUGACUUGUCUGGGAGGGAAACCCUGGUGCGGAUCACUGGUGGCAUGAAGGUCAAGGCUGAUCGUGAUGAAUCUUCACCCUACGCUGCUAUGCUUGCAUCUCAGGAUGUCGCUACCCGUUGCAAGGAGCUUGGUAUCACCGCACUGCACAUUAAGCUCCGUGCUACUGGAGGCAACAAGACCAAGACACCUGGACCUGGAGCUCAGUCUGCUCUCAGGGCUCUUGCUCGUUCUGGGAUGAAAAUCGGGCGCAUUGAGGACGUGACUCCAGUUCCCACUGACAGCACCCGCCGGAAGGGAGGAAGGAGGGGAAGGAGGCUGUAGGCUAUCUUUCAACUCUACUGGUGGCAAUCAAGAAACUUGCUCCUCUCUGGGUAGUCCUGCUGUUUCUAUGAAUGUCAAGAUGAGCUUUAAUUUUGCUCUGUUGAGGAUCAUUUACUGUUAGUCCAACUAUGAAUGUUGCGUGGAUCCUAUUUUUGGUUCAGAAACUCGGUAUUUAUGCGUAAAACUAGCUUUUCAGUGUAUGGAAAACCUUGAAAUGGAGUGAUAUCUUUGGUCA